AUGUUGGAUUUAGAAAUAGUGCCAGAGCGCUCCCUUGGCUGCGAUGCCUGGGAGUUUGUGCUGGGUAUGCAUUUCUCUCAAGCGGUUUCCAUUAUCCAGAGCCAAGUGGGAACGAUUCGUGGUGUCCAAGUGUUAUAUAGCGACCAGAACCCACUGUCCGUGGACCUAGUCAUAAACAUGCCCCAGGAUGGUAUCCGGUUGAUAUUCGACCCGGUAGCUCAGAGGCUGAAGAUUAUAGAGAUAUAUAAUAUGAAAUUAGUUAAGCUUAGGUAUAGUGGUAUGUCAUUCAACUCCCCGGAGAUAACGCCAUCUAUCGAGCAAGUGGAGCAUUGCUUCGGAGCGACUCAUCCCGGGCUGUACGACAGUCAGAGACAUCUGUUCGCGUUAAACUUCAGAGGCCUGACGUUUUAUUUCCCCGUCGAUAGUAAAUUUGAGCCGGGCUACGCACACGGCCUCGGCUCACUCCAGUUCCCUAACGGCGGUUCGCCCGUCGUUUCGAGAACAACCAUAUACUAUGGAUCACAGCAUCAGUUGAGCCGGUCAGCCAGCGGUCGCUGCACGGCCCCACUGGCAGAGCUGCCGCUGUCAUGUUACAGACACCAGCUUCAUCUGCGAAGAUGCGACGUACUAAGGACACCUUCAGCGACAUUAGGACUCCGCCUGCACAUAUACACGGAGGGUACUAGAUCUGGCGACCCAGCUUCUGCCAGGCGGCGCGUGGUUCGUUUCGGUGAUAGUUGCCAGGCUGUGUCGCGAGCCCUGGCGGCGCCUGCCCGUCUGUACUACAAGGCAGAUGAUAAGAUGCGCAUACACAGACCGACCGCCAGACGCCGCCCGCCGCCAGCUUCUGAUUACUUCUUCAAUUACUUCACUCUUGGAUUGGACGUGUUAUUCGACGCCCGCACGCACCAGGUGAAGAAGUUCAUUCUCCACACAAACUACCCCGGACACUACAACUUCAAUAUGUACCACAGAUGCGAAUUUGAACUCAAUGUGCAGCCGGACAAAUGCGAGUCGAACACACUAGUUGAGUCCCGCGGCGCCGUCUGCAUCACCGCGUACAGUAAGUGGGAGAGCGUGUCUCGAGCGCUGCGUGUGUGCGAGCGGCCCGUGGUCCUCAACAGAGCGUCCUCCACUAACACCACCAACCCGUUCGGCUCCACCUUCUGCUACGGAUACCAGGACAUGAUCUUUGAGGUGAUGUCCAACAACUACAUAGCGUCAAUAACUCUGUACCAGCCGGAAGGCACCCGGCCACACUACGCGGUCACCUCGAUCGCGUGA